AUGCAAAAGCUUAUCUCUGCAGUUGUGGAGACGGCAAACCACCCGUCCAGUACCAAGGUACCCGCUGUUGCCGGUAUGCCGCCGGCCCGCAGUUGGGCUUGCCCUAGCUACCUGCCGCCCAAGUCCCUGACGGCCAGUCAAAAGGUUCCGACCCUUUUUAUCAAUCUCCGUCUCCAUCGACACACGCGAAUCUUCUCGCCGCAACAUCCCACGUUUCGGCGAUUCAAUCUUUCGGGCACUCUGCAGACUGCAGGCUACUUGUCCCAGCUUUGCACCUGCAGGAACCAGAGCCCACGUGCAUGA